ACUUUCUUGUGCUUGCCCUCCCUCUCUCUUGCCCGCUCCAAUGGCAGCCUCUCCCUCAUCAUCUUCCUCCUCCUCCUCAAGAUCCACCAUGUUCUACUAUGGCGGCUUCGAAGAUCACUACGACGAGCCCCACUUUCUCGAAGCUUGCUUCCUCUGCCGGAAACCCCUCGGUUUUAACAGAGACAUCUUCAUGUACAGGGGGAACACACCGUUUUGUAGCAAAGAGUGCAGACAAGAACAGAUAGAAAUCGACGAGUCGAAGGAGAAAAGCUGGAAGGUUUCGUCGAAAAGAAGUGUGAGACAAUCUGAGUCGAAUCAGAACUCCACACCCAGUAAGAGUGUAAGAACUGGAACUGUCGCUGUGGCCUGAUUAAUUUUCACGGGACGAUUGUUAAAAAAUAAUCCAAUUUUGAGGACCAAACCACACAAAAGAUGUGUGAAAUCUCACGAGGGAGGAGGAAGAGGAAGAAGAAGGAGAACAUUAACAAUAUGAUUGUAGAGUCUGAGUAAUUGGGCGAAUCUUCUUUUGUCUGAUCCCUUUUCUCUAUGAAGGUUGGGAUUCUGAGAUAAACAUGAUGAAUCCCAGCAAGGAAUUUUGCCUCUUUUGUUUUAAUUUUCUGCCUUUUGGUUUCACAGUUUUAAGAAGAAAGGCUGAUGAUGAUGAUUGUGUAAUUCUUGUAUAAGGUCUUUAAGAUGUUGCUUUGUUCUGUGAAAAAACUCAAGUGCAUGCAAUGGAAGUAUCAAAGAUACUACUAUAUGUUUGCAUCUUCUAAAGCUAAAGAUCUGCUUAUUCAGUUGUUUACAAGUUAGCUUAUUUUCAAGAUUUAAUGCGAGAAACCAAAUUAUUCAAUCAUUA